AUGACACGUCCCUACGUUGAUGAUACAGUUAAAGCGAUUGGAAUCAUUUCCAUUGCCUUAUUAUUAUUGAACUAUUUGUUCCGAACCAUCUAUGUUGCGUUCUUCGGACCGUUGAGCAAGAUACCUGGACCAAAGCUUUCAGCGUUAAGCACAAUCCCUCUGUUAUUCAAAGGCACUAAAGGCAAAAGAUGGUAUUGGUAUCAACAUGAGUUAAUACCAAAGUAUGGGAAAAUAGUCAGAGUAGCCCCAGACAUGGUUCUUGUCAGCGAUAGAGACAUUAUCAAACAGAUUGUUGUCAAAGAAGAUUGGCCAAAAGGUGACUUUUACAAGAUGUACAGAGCCGCACCUCAUUUACAUACAUUGUUCUCGACCAC